UGUCUUCUGAUUGGAUGAUGGCUGCAUGGUACCCAUAUGCCUCCUCCAGACCUGCUGGAGUGGUCACAUCCUGUUGAUCUCCGGACAAGAUGGCUCCACUCACUCUCCUGCUGCUCUGCCAAGUCGCCUUAUACACAAUAGUGACAUCCAAAAAAGCAUGUGGCCGACCGCCCUUGAGCGAUGGCAUCGAUGUGUCCAGUCUGAAGAGUGUGUAUGACGUUGGGGAGGAAGUGACCUUAGCGUGUGAACAGGGCUACACACCUUCUACUCCUUCCCCGCACAAGCUGGCCUGCACCCCCACCCAGGAAUGGACGGCGACUGACCUAGCGUGCACACGUAGAACCUGUCCUAUCCCCAGGCCUCUGCAGGAUCUUGUGCCGGGGAGAACCCAGGUUCCUUUCAAGACGGUGCUGAACUACACAUGUGAUGAAGGAUAUGUCAUGACAGGAGCCAAUGAGAGCACAUGUUUAGCUGACGGAACCUGGAGCCAUCCUCCCCCGCUUUGUAAAGCAGUGAGCUGUGCACUACCAAAGCCGCCCCGAGACGGUAGGUUUGUGUUGGACAAGGCGCACACUGCGACCAGCACCAUGUACGGGCAGGGUUGGACGUACGAGUGCACCCCACCCAAGGCUCCCAGCUUUGAGAGAGGGGAGUGCUUGGCCGACGGAACCGCAACGGAACCGCCCGUUUGUCGCGAUAUCAGCUGUCCCAUUCCUGAGGGGAUCCCUAAUGGCUUCCUCGCCUUCGCAGUCAUGAGGACCCAUGGCUACAAGGGGACGGUCAGGUACGCCUGCAACGACCACUACGUGCUGGACGGACAGGCAGAGAACCGCUGCACAAACACAGGGAACUGGUCCACUAAGCCUGUCUGCAGGGCCCCGUGUUCAGUCAACAUCAAGAGAGGGCGCAUCUCCUACAACGGCAGGAAGCUUUGGAUUGCAGAUUUGAAACCUAACAGGGUGCUCCACGGAGAGCGGGUGCUCUUCUACUGCAAGAACAAAGUGCAGAAAUGUGGGUACCCAGUCGCCUCUACCUGCAAUGAUGGUACCCUGACGCUCCCCGAAUGCUUUGAGGAACCAGGAAAGCUGGAGUACACCAUGAGGUCGAAGACUCUGCCGUCGGAGAUCAACGUGUGUGAUGCCAAUCCUUCUGCUACUCCGAGCUCUGCUGCCCCAGCCUAACAGAAGGCAAGCCCCAGUGGUUACCCCAGGACAAGGGCCAGGGCCAUGGGCAACUAGAACACAAUAACAGGGGCUGUUCAAUAUUGA